AUGUCGAAGGGACAGAAAGACAGUCCACCUGGCGCAAUGCACAGGCCUGAGACUGGCUCUCCCUCCAACCCAAUCAACGUAGAUGACGACGCAGCCAUGAUUGAUCAGUUGUACGCAGGAACGUACAACCUGGGAGAUGACAAUCCAACCACUCCCCAAUCCAACACCUCAUCCAACACCUGA